GUGAGCAACAGAACAGAUCUGGUUUAAACAAAUCAAUUUUAGAAAAGGAACCAUCUAUAUAUAACUAGUUCAUUAGUUGAAUUGGAUAUACCAGUAGUGAAUUGAUUCAAAGAUGUCGAAAGUUCCAAGAAAUUUCAAACUUUUGGAAGAAUUAGAGAAGGGUGAAAAGGGAUUAGGAGCAGAAUCCAUUUCAUACGGGUUGGCUAAUCAAGAUGAUAUAACAAUGACUUAUUGGAAUGGUACUAUUUUAGGUCCACCUCAUUCCAAUCAUGAAAAUAGAAUUUAUUCCUUGACUAUCAUUUGUGAUGAAACAUAUCCUGAUAAACCACCAAAAGUUAGAUUCACUACUAAGAUUAAUUUACCAUGUGUUGAUAGUGAAGGUCAUGUUAUUAUUAGUAAUUUCGAAACUUUAAAGAAUUGGAAGAGAUCAUAUACUAUGGAAACUGUUUUAUUGGAACUUAGAAAAAGUAUGGCUUUAGCUACUAAUAAGAAAUUACCCCAACCAGUUGAAAACUCAACCUAUUGAAUUCAAAUCCAUAUUAAUGCCUAUCUUUCUUUCUCAAUUGAUUUAUGCCGUUUUCUAUCUAGAAGAUAAAAAAUUGCUAAAUAUCACCUUAAGAAGCAAUCUACUAGUUAUUCAAAUGAUUAUAUAGUAUAUCAUCAGUAUUUUGUAUCAUCUUUAGACAGUCAUCAACGUCUAC